AUAUAAAAUAGUAAAAGUAUUUGGGUUUUUCUAUUAGCAACGGCACACACAACUAAUCGAGACCAUGCUCAAGGCUAUUAUUUUGAUUGGCGGACCGCAAAAAGGUACCCGUUUUCGGCCGUUGUCAUUGGAUACGCCGAAGCCGCUUUUUCCUGUAGCUGGAAGGCCAAUUAUUCAGCAUCACAUUGAAGCUUGCGUCCAGCUGCCCGAGCUCAAGGAAAUCCUUAUCAUUGGCUACUACCAACAGUCACAAAUGGAGGGAUUUGUAGGCGACAUGCAAAAUCUCUACAGCAUCAACAUCAGAUAUUUACAAGAAUUUACCUCGCUCGGAACGGCGGGCGGCAUGUACCACUUUCGCGAUCAGAUACGUGCCGGCAAUCCGCGCGCCUUCUUCGUGCUAAACGGCGAUGUUUGCGCCGACUUUCCCUUGCAGGAGCUGUACAGCUUCCAUACGCAACGGCCGUCCAGCGCACUGGUGACCAUCAUGAGUACGGAGGCUACGCAUCAGCAGUCGCUGCACUAUGGCUGCCUCGUAUUCGAUCGGACGAGUGGUGCAGUGUCGCAUUAUGUGGAGAAGCCCAGUUCCUAUGUCUCGACAUAUAUCAAUUGUGGUGUAUACGUGUGCUCCAUGGAUAUUUUCACCAAACUGGCUCAAAUAUUCCACGCUAAAGGCGAGGAAUACAGCUGUGUGAGCUAUUGUAAUGGUAAUGGUAAUGGCAAGGAACAGGGGCACAUUAAGUGGGAACAAGAGGUGCUUACGCCCCUGGCUGGUACUGACAUGCUAUACGCCAUGCCGGUGCCCAACUGGUGGUCACAACUGAAGACCGCCGGCUCGGCCAUUUACGCCAAUCGUCACUAUUUGGCAUUGUACAAGAAAACACAUCCGGAACGUUUAGCCAAUGUGGGUACCAAGCGGGGUGAGGGCGAUGGCAACUUAAUAUGUACUAUUCUGCCAGAUGUAUAUGUGCAUCCCAGUGCCACUGUGCACCACUCAGCGGUGUUGGGUCCUAAUGUUGCAAUUGGACCGGGCGUCACUAUUGGCCCGGGUGUGCGCAUACGGGAGUCUAUUAUCCUAGAGCAGGCUCAAAUCAAGGAUCACACUCUAAUACUACAUUCGAUUGUGGGGCGCGGAUCCACAAUUGGGGCUUGGGCACGUGUGGAGGGCACACCCAGCGAUCCGGAUCCAAACAAGCCUUUUGCCAAAAUGGAAAAUCCUCCUCUAUUUAACAAUGAGGGCAAACUGAAUCCCUCUAUAACUAUCCUGGGUUGCUUUGUGCAAAUACCCGCCGAGAAGAUUCUGCUGAAUAGCAUUGUUUUGCCGCACAAGGAAUUGAGUCGCAGUUUCAAAAACGAAAUCAUUUUGUAAUAGCUCCUUAUAUUUAAAUGUUUUACUAUAUAUGUAUGUACUAUGUCAAAUUUUGUAUUUGUUUUAUAUGUAAUCAAAAAAUAAAACAUUUAUUUUAAUUACAACUUUAA